ACUAUCUUAUCUUCUUUAGCCCACCCCCUCCCCGCGCGGCUGCCUCUCCAUCACUUCCCUCACUUCUUUCCCGUUCCGUCCGGGACUUCUGGUUUCCGUGGUUUUGGCGGGGGGGAGGGGUGUCUCUAAGAGGACCCCUUCAUGCAGAUAGAAGACGUUUCUGCAGCCUCAGAGACACGCUCAGGACCCUCACCCCCCGCAGGCUCCCCUCCCUAAUGACCCGCCCUUCCCCACUGUCUUGGGAACUCGGGGCUUCCUCCCCCCUCCCCCCCUCUGGUGCAGCUCAUGUCUCUCUCAUUUCUCCCAGGCUGUGGCUGCUGGAAAAGCAAUUCAGAGUGCGGGCGGCCCUUCCGGGAAGGGAAGAUCAUCGGGGGCCAGGAUGCCCUGGAUGGGAAGUGGCCGUGGCAAGUGACCUUUUUCUUCAGGGGCUACCACACCUGCGGAGGCUCCAUCCUGAGCAAGUACUGGGUGCUCACAGCCGCCCACUGCUUCGACCAGACCCUGGAUCUGCUGGAGCAUUUCAAAGUGUAUGUGGGCCUGACAGACUUAAAGUCCAUCAACAGUCACAUUCAGAAGCGCGGGAUCAAGCAGGUGAUCAUCCACCCGCUAUACAAGCUCACUCACCCAAACGGGCACGACAUCGCCUUGGUGCAGCUGAGCAAGGCUCUGAAAUUCAAUUACCUUGUCCUCCCUGUCUGCCUCCCCAAGUCCAACAUCAAUCUAGACACCACAGAGACAUGCUGGAUUACGGGAUGGGGAAAGAUGAGAGAAUCAGGUAUAAUGGUAGACAUUCUUCAAGAGACUGAAAUACCUCUUCUUGAUCAGUUUUUGUGUCAAAUCCUCUAUGGGAGCAUAUUCUUCAUCCAAGAAGACAUGAUUUGUGCUGCUGACCUGUCCCUCAUGAAGAGCCCCUGCCAGGGCGAUUCCGGAGGACCCCUUGUCUGCAAAUUCAAUGAUACCUGGAUCCAGAUAGGGGUGGUGACCUGGGGCAAAGGAUGCUCCAUCCCUUUAUACCCUGGCGUUUUUGCUCGAGUUCCAUACUUCUCCACAUGGAUCUCUAACAGCAUCCAAUCCGUGAUCAUCUCCAGAUCAACAAUCAUUGCCGUUUCUUGGAUGACUUUAUCAACUGCACUGCUGUUUCUCCAUGUCCUGAGAACCCAAUGACUGUCCCACCUGCUCCUUCCUCCCUCCCUAGCAUCUUCCUCCAAAUGCCUUCUCAGUCUUAGAGCUUGACCCCCUUCUCCCUCCAUCUGUCCUGUCCCCUGAUGCCACCCUAUCCCCUGUGGUAAGGGACACAGGUGAAUGCUGGGUCCUAGGACAGACAAGGCAUGAGAAGGGGAUGAUGGGGAACUGGCUGCUCGUGUGUGGAAGCCAGGGUCUGAAUCUCCUGGGAUGGGGUGGUAGGCACUGAGGGGGCCACGGGUCACAGGGACUGAGGUUGCAAUGAUCUAAUUAAACUUGUAAAGGAGAAAGUGAUGGAGUUCUGUAUUU